GUGGUCUGCGGAAUGAGGGAGUAGAUUGGAUGCCCCGCCAGCCCUGCACCUUCCCGACACCCUAGGCCCAAGUGCUAUUUCCUGUCGGAGUGGGAAGUUUCUGCUGUGGCCCCAUGGCUGCGACUCCUGGUCUCAGAUGAGCGAAUCUGGGGGGGUGGGCAGGUGGUGGGCAGGGGCCUCACAGGGCCUGGCCCAGGGGACACAGUGAUGUCAGCGGCCGCCCCACCCCACCGGCCGAGUUAUGUAAUGGCUUCUCUGGGCCUCCUUGGGCAGGGACCUGUUGCCCAGUAGAGGAGGCAGGACCUGUGUGUGUGAGUGCGUGUGUGCGUGUGUAUGUGUAUGUGUGUGUGUGUGUACAGGCGCGCCAGGGUGGGAGGAGCGAACUGAGACUGUUUGGGUUAGAAUUCCCAGGCCUGUCCAGCCAGCGUCUCGGGCCAGCGCCCCACCCCUGUCCACACGCCUGUCAUUCUCGCUUCCCCCCCCAGGGCAAGCAACAGCCUUGGCAAGUCCAAGUGUCCGGGGCUGGGUGGGAGGGGAGUGGACCUGAGACGUCACUUGCGGUGGUCUCUCUGCUCCUGGGGCUGCGUGUGAGCCGAGAUGGGGUCAGUGCGUGGGGCCAGCGCGGCAGCCAGAGCAAACUCGAACUUUCUGGAUGGUUCCAGCCGCCUCCUGCCAAGGCCUGCUGACUGGAGUCCUGCAGCCAGCCCUGGGCCCGGCCCGCCCACACUGCUCAGAACUGCAGGCUGGCCUCUGCAGGCUGCCGGACAGCCCCGCGCAGAGCAAUGUUUCUGUUCCAGCAACCUGCUGUCUGGGGCACAGGAGAACAUUUCUGCUCCCCAGCUGCCCUUGCUCUCCAGCCACGAUCUCACACCCUCUCCCAGUCCUGGGGGCAGUCGGGGACUUUGAGUGGCCCUUCCCCCGCAGGGGGCAGAAUCCUUUCGAGCUGGCCUUCUCCCUGGACCAGGCCCACCACGGGGAGGCGGACUUCAGCCUGGAGUGCCCAGCCCGCCCUGAUAUGCCCUCGAGCCAGCCCAUCGACAUCCCAGACGCCAAGAAGAGGGCCAAGAAGAAGAAGCGCUGCAGGGCCACCGACAGCUUCUCAGGCAGGUUCGAAGAUGUCUACCAGCUGCAGGAGGACGUGCUCGGGGAGGGGGCCCACGCCCGCGUGCAGACCUGUGUCAACCUCAUCACCAACCAGGAGUACGCCGUCAAGAUCAUCGAGAAGCAGCCAGGCCACAUUCGGAGCAGGGUUUUCCGGGAAGUGGAGAUGUUGUACCAGUGCCAGGGACACAGGAAUGUGCUAGAGCUGAUCGAGUUCUUUGAGGAGGAGGACCGCUUCUACCUGGUGUUUGAGAAGAUGCGGGGCGGCUCCAUCCUGAGCCACAUCCACAAGCGGCGGCACUUUAACGAGCUGGAGGCCAGCGUGGUCGUGCAGGACGUGGCCAGCGCCCUGGACUUCCUGCACAACAAAGGCAUCGCCCACAGGGACCUAAAGCCAGAAAACAUCCUCUGUGAGCACCCCAACCAGGUCUCCCCGGUGAAGAUCUGCGACUUCGACCUGGGCAGCGGCAUCAAACUCAACGGGGACUGCUCGCCCAUCUCCACCCCGGAGCUGCUCACCCCGUGCGGCUCGGCCGAGUACAUGGCGCCGGAGGUGGUGGAGGCCUUCAGCGAGGAGGCCAGCAUCUACGACAAGCGCUGCGACCUCUGGAGCCUGGGCGUCAUCCUCUACAUCCUGCUCAGCGGCUACCCGCCCUUCGUGGGCCGCUGCGGCAGCGACUGCGGCUGGGACCGCGGCGAGGCCUGCCCGGCCUGCCAGAACAUGCUGUUUGAGAGCAUCCAGGAGGGCAAGUAUGAGUUCCCUGACAAGGACUGGGCCCACAUCUCUUUCGCCGCCAAAGACCUCAUCUCGAAGCUCCUCGUCCGCGACGCCAAGCAGCGGCUCAGUGCCGCGCAGGUCCUGCAGCACCCCUGGGUGCGGGGGUGCGCCCCGGAGAACACCCUGCCCACGCCCAUGGUUCUGCAGAGGAACAGCUGUGCCAAAGACCUCACGUCGUUCGCGGCCGAGGCCAUCGCCAUGAACCGGCAGCUGGCCCAGCGCGAGGAGGACGCGGCUGAGGAGGCAGGGCAGGGCCAGCCCGUGGUCAUCCGAGCUACCUCACGCUGCCUGCAGCUGUCGCCGCCCUCCCAGUCCAAGCUGGCUCAGCGGCGGCAGCAAGCCAGCCUGUCCGCGGCCCCCGUGGUCCUGGUGGGGGACCAUGCGUGACCCCUCCCUCCCUCUGUACAUAGGUCCCCCCGCCCCCAUCAAAUCUAAAGAUUUUUUUAAGCUACGGCCAGCCGGUGACCAGCAGGCUGCCCUCCCCCGGCUGGAUUCCCAGGCGCUAGCUCAGCAGGGGGCUCUUUUAUAUGAGGUUUUUGCUGUUGGGUUUUUUCUUUAUCUCUGCCCUGCCUCCCGUUUUUUUUCCCCCGUUUAAUGGUGUUAAAAGCAGAGCAGGCGCCCGGGCUGGGGGGGAGUGGGGGUGUCGCUGGGUCUGCCCUCCCCCAGCCUCGGAUGCUCACCUACUGUGAAAGGCCCCCGUGCCGCCCAUCCCCACCCCCACCCCCCGUGCCGCCGCUGCCGCCGCCCAGACACGACUCAGGAGAGGAGGGCGCCUGCCGUCUUCCGGGGCUGGGGGCCGGGACCCCCGCGCCCACCCCCUCCCCAGCCCCACAGUAUUUUCAGGGACAGGCUGACCCCGC